AUGUCGUUGGCCAUCCCCGGCGGCAACAGCACCGCGGGGUCAAGGAACCGCAUCUCCUCGCGCUUCGAGGGCAUCGAUGACCUCUGUGCUCUGCCUUCCAUCGCAGAGGACACCAUCCUGUCAGCGCUCCGUGAACGCUAUGUGACAUCGCAGCAGUACACGGCAAUCUGCUCGUCGGCCAUUGUCUCCGUCAACCCCCUCGUCUCCCUUCCCCAGAACAGCGACAUCUCGCUCCAGGACUACAUUCACGAGUACUUCCGGUCCGCAGGCGACGAUGUUAUCGGCGAAGACGAGGUCAGCUCAAAGGAGCGCCUGCCACCACACGUCUUCCGGCUUGCUCUCAACGCUUUCUACAACAUGCGCCGCACAGGACAGGACCAGCUCCUGCUCAUGAGUGGUGCGACGGGUUCUGGAAAGUCCGAACUUCGCCGCCUGGCUGUCAAGGCCAUCGCCGAGGUAUCGGCCCCUCCUCCAGGCAAGAAGGCGCACAAGUUGCCAAGCCAGAUCGCUAAUGCUCACUUCAUCCUCGAAUCCUUCGGCAACGCCCAGACAAUAAGCAACGAGAAUGCCUCGCGCUUCGGCAACUACACCGAACUUCAGUUCAACGACCGCGGGCGGCUCGACGGCAUGAAAACGCUCGAGUACUACUUUGAGCGCACACGUGUCUCACAGACGCCGGCCGCCGGGGAGCGCAACUUCCACGUCUUCUACUACCUGGUUAAUGGUAUAGAGGGCGAAGACCGACACCACCUUCACCUGGGCCAGGUUAGCGACUACCGAUACCUACAAUGCCGCGCCCGGCGCAGCGGCCCAAGCGACCGCGAACGCUUCUCGCAGCUCAAGAACGCAUUCAAGGCUCUGGGCAUGUCGACCCGUCUUGUGGCCCAGGUGUGCCAGCUGCUGGCUUGCGUCCUCCACAUCGGAAACCUCGAUUUCAUCGACGAGCCGGGUAUGCACGAGGGCGCUGCCGUCGCCAACGAACAUGUACUCGAGCUUGUCGCCGAGUUCUUAGGCGUCUCGCUGCCAGCCCUGAAGGAGCUGUUCGCAUUUAAGACCCUGCUGCUGGGGAAGGAGUCGGUCACCACCUUCCUCAACGCGGAGCAGGCCGAGGACGUCCGCGACGAGCUUGCGCGCUCCCUCUACUCGCUGUUGUUCUCAUGGCUCAAUGAGAACAUCAACCAGAAACUUUGCAAGGAGAACUUUGCCGCCUACGUCACUCUCCUCGACUUCCCUGGUCUCCAGAACAACUCUGGGCCAACGUUAGGCGUCAACUCACUCGACCAGUUCUGCUUCAACUUUGCCAACGAGAAGCUCCAGAACUGGAUCCUGCAUCGCAUCCAGGAGGCUCCCCUGAAGGAGGCAGUCGAGGACAAGAUGCCUUGCGAGCGCAUCCCGUACUACGACAACACUGAGUGCCUCAAGAUGCUGUUGGCCCCCAAGACUGGUCUGGUUGCCAUUGCCGAUGAGCAGGCGCGCAAGAAGAAGACGGACGCCAGCAUGAUCGAGACCAUGGCCAAACGCUACACUGGCAACUCGUCGUUCCAGAUCGGCAACCUGGACCGCAGCGGUGCUUCAUCGUUCACGGUCAACCACUACGGUGGCCCGGUCACGUACUCUGCUGAGUCGUUCCUUGAGCGCAAUGCAAACGACGCUGGCGCAGAUCUCCUCCGUCUCCUGCGCGGCAGUGUCACCGGACCAAGCAAUGUUCCGGACCACCAGGGCUCCAACAACCCCUUCAUCCGCAACCUGUGGUCGUCCAAGUCGAUCGCAACUCAGGCGCACCCUCGCAACGACGAUACCAUUGUGGGAGCCCAGCAACCGAUGAGGCCCAUGCGCGCACCGUCGACUCGCCGGAAGCGUGGCCCCAGGCUCUCCGCCGUCACCGAGGAGGACGGCAAUGACGACGCUGUUGGUGGCGGCAACGACUCCGGCACCGCCGGGACACAUCUGCACUGCGUUGCGGGGCAGCACCAGCAGGCCAUCAACAGCUUGUUCGACAGUAUCGAGUCGGCCCAGUCGUGGUUCUGCUUUGCGUUACGCCCUAAUGACUCGCAAUUACCAGGUCAAAUUGAGGCGCGCUCCAUGAGGGCACAGAUCCGCAGCCUUGGCCUGGCGGAGAUCGCCUUACGAAUGCGCAUCAGCUAUGAGACGCGCAUGACCCACCAGGAGUUCUCCGACCGCUACUACGACGAGUUCACGGAGCGUGCCAUCGGUAACCAGGCGGCUGUCGCAGACCGCAUUAGAGACUUCAAGAGAGUCUUGAAGCUCAGCGACGCUCACAUGGCGAUUGGGUCUGGCCGCGUCUUCCUGUCCCACCAGGCGUUCCACCGAUUCGAAGACCGGCUGCGCGAAGCGGAGGGGCUUGAGCUGCCCUCUCAUCUUCAGGCUCCCCUCUCUCGCAGCGACCCCUUCGCCCCUGGCAUGCGCUCUGCGUCCCCUGAGCCCGACCCCGUUUUCGACUUCAAUGACCGCAACGACUCUUUGGCAGCGUUACCUCUCGUGGCCAACGCAGAGCCUGCGCCUCGUGGUGGUGGCCCUGGGUCGGACUUCGAAGGCGACUCGCGCAACUUUGCCAUCAGCCAGGCAACUAGCCCGUUUGGCGACUCUCAGUCCAACCUUGGCACGGAGUCGUACGCUCCGUCGCGUGCCAUGUUCCGCGACGCAGACCUUAAGCGCGGGGAGCGUGACGUUCUUGACGAACUCCCCGAUGACAACGAGGUCAAGGAGGAGUACAGGGAAUCGUCUGCACGUCGUCGCUGGGUCUGGCUGUGUUGGUUCCUCACAUGGUGGUGCCCCGACUUCCUGGUCGCCAAGGUAGGUCGCAUGAAGCGCCAGGACAUUCGCCAGGCGUGGCGCGAGAAGCUGGCCAUCAACAUCAUUAUUUGGUUCAUCUGCGGCUGCACCAUCUUCGUCAUCGCUGGUCUUGGUCUCGUCAUCUGCCCUCGUCAACACGUCUACACCAAGGCCGAGCUGGCAUCUCAUAGCUUCAAGGACAAGCCGACACAGGCGUAUACUUCAAUCCGCGGCGAGGUCUUCGACAUGACCAAGUUCUGGAACACGCACAACUCGAUUGUCCCCAUCGUCGAUCAGAAGACAUACAACACGUACUCCGGCGUGGAGGCCGAGAGCCUCUUCCCUGUCCAGGUAUCUGCAGUCUGUGGUGGCACUGAGGGCGCCAUCAGCUCGUACGUGACUGUUGACUCGGUCAACUCGACGGACGAAUACGCCAAGUACCAUGACUUCCGCGCUUGGACCAACGACUCCCGCCCAGACUGGUACACUGAGCAGAUGAUCACUCUUCGUUCGCGGUACCAGGUCGGCUGGAUGGGCUACACCAAGAAGGAUAUCAAGUCGAUGUCUGGGAAUCGUAACAUUGUCAUCUACGACAGCCACGUAUACGACAUGACCAACUACAUCCAGCAGGACGGCGGAGGCAUUCACCCUAUGGGCAAUGGCCAGACAGACGCCCGUGCCGAGAGAGACCGCCAGUUCAUGUCGAGUCUGGUCGUCAACUAUUUCAUAUACAACAAGGGUGAGGACAUCACGAAGCUAAUGGAGGAGGCUGCGAGGAAGUCCUUGGGCGACGAGGUGUUGCGGCUGCAAAAACAGUGUCUGCGUAACCUAUUCAUCAUUGGCAAGCUCGACACUCGUGACUCGACGCAGUGCCAGUUCUCGACGUACAUCCUACUAGCGCUGUCCUGCGUCAUGGUCGCCGUCAUUGCCUUCAAGUUCAUUGCUGCCAUCCACUUUGGCCCUUCGCGCGCACCGGAAAACCACGACAAGUUCGUUAUUUGCCAGGUUCCAUGUUACACGGAAGGCGAGGAGUCUCUCCGUCGCACCAUCGACUCGCUGGCCAAGCUGCGCUAUGACGACAAGCGCAAGCUCUUGUUCAUCAUCUGCGACGGUAACAUCAAGGGUUACGGUAACGAAAAGCCUACGCCCGCGAUUGUCUUGGACAUCCUCGGUGUUGACCCGAAUUUGGACCCUGAGCCACUGUCCUUCCAGUCGCUGGGCGAGGGUUCGAAACAGCACAACAUGGGCAAGGUCUACGCUGGCCUGUACGAAUGCUCUGGUCACGUAGUCCCUUAUGUCGUCGUUGUCAAGGUUGGCAAACCAACCGAGCGUCCUAAGCCAGGAAACCGUGGCAAGCGUGACUCGCAGAUGGUUCUCAUGCACUUCCUCAACAAGGUUCACUACAACUCGCCCAUGAACCCGCUCGAGCUUGAGCUCUACCAUCAGAUCAAGAACGUCAUUGGUGUCAACCCAAGCUUUUACGAAUAUCUGUUCAUGGUGGAUGCCGAUACGACGGUUCAGGAGUUAUCGCUCAACCGCCUUGUCUCUGCGUGCAUGCACGACAAGAAGAUUGUGGGCAUCUGUGGUGAGACUUCGAUCUCCAACGCCAAGCAGUCGGUCGUGACCAUGUCGCAGGUGUACGAGUACUUCAUCUCGCACCACCUCGCAAAAGCGUUCGAGUCGCUGUUUGGCUCCAUCACCUGUUUGCCCGGUUGUUUCACCAUGUACCGCCUGCGCACGCCAGACACCCGCAAGCCGCUGUUCAUCUCGAACCAGAUCAUCCACGACUAUUCGGAGAACCGCGUCGACACACUCCACCUCAAGAACCUCCUCCACCUUGGUGAGGACCGUUACCUCACGACGCUGGUCCUCAAGCACUUCCCCAUGUACAAGACCAAGUUUGUGCGCGACGCCAAGGCUCAGACGGUCGCUCCCGACUCGGCCAAGGUUCUGUUCUCUCAGCGUCGUCGUUGGAUCAACUCGACCGUGCACAACAUGGCCGAGCUCAUCUUCCAGGAGAACCUUUGCGGUUUCUGCUGCUUUUCCAUGCGCUUCAUCGUCCUCAUCGACCUUGUAUCGACGGUUAUUGCGCCGGUUACGGUUGCGUAUAUCGGAUAUCUCAUCUACAUCAUUGUCUCCUCUGGCGGCAACAUCCCCACCAUCUCCAUCGCCAUGUUGGCUGCCAUUUACGGUCUUCAGGCGCUCGUCUUCAUCUUCCGCAUGCGCUGGGAUAUGAUCGCGUGGAUGAUCUUCUACAUUAUUGCUAUCCCAGUCUUCUCGUUCUACCUUCCGCUAUAUUCGUUCUGGCGCAUGGACGACUUCUCGUGGGGUUCGACGCGCCUCGUCGUCGGCGACAGCGGCAAGAAGAUUGUCAUCCACGACGAGGGCAAGUUCGACCCCAAGUCGAUCCCACUCAAGAGCUGGAACGACUACGAAAACGAGCUCUGGGACCAGGAGUCAAACCACUCGGACGGCACUUGGGGCCCUGGCAAGAGCGAGUACAUCGGCGACUACAAGGAGAGCAUGUACGGCCAGUCGCUGCAUGCGCAGUCGAUGUACGGUGCGCCGCAGUCGAUGCACGGUGCUCCACAGUCGACGUACGGACGUGGAUCCGCGUACCAGGGCUCUCAGCUCGGCGCAGGCGGGUACAACACGCGGUCGCCUCGCGGUAUCUCGCCUUCGGGCUCGUACUCGGACCUUCGUGGGGCGUCGCGUGCCGGCUCGCACGGCGACGCCCCGCCACGGGGCACAUUCUACGCGGCGCCGAUGGGUGAUGCCAACUCGUACAGUGGGCACGGCCACGACGCUGGUAGCCAGUACGGCGCGGGCUCGUUCUACGGGCAGCCCGUUGGCCACCAGACGUCCAAUUACGGUCUCCCGCACCACCAAUACAUGGGCGACACGGCGCCAAACGAGCCGUCGGUCGAGCAGCUCGAGCAGAGCAUCCGCCGUAUCUGCGACGGUGCCGACCUCGACUCGCUCACGAAGAAGGGCGUGCGCCGUCAGCUCGAGGGCGAGUACGGCAUGCCCCUUGCGCAGCGCAAGGACGACAUUAAUCGCAUCAUUGAGGCCGUCCUGGCCGAGUAA